AUGAACAAAAGCCCUAAACGUUCUUUUUUAAUAAUAUAUUCUUUAGAAGAGAAGGAGAUUGCUGACGUUAACUCCUUACAGAAGGAAUUUGAAGAGAUUGCGAACAAAGCAAGUACGGACAGUGAAAAUAUAGUAGAUUUUGAUAAUAAGGUAGUGUUUGGGCUUAAAGUAGAAGACGCCUUUGAAGAGGUUGAGGGCGAAAAUGACUUAUUAAAUGUGGAAAGUACAGAUAGUGAGAGUACAGAGGUUGAGGGCGAAAGCAUCUUGUCGAGUGUGGAAAGUACAGAUAGUGAGAGUACAGAAUUUGAUGAUAAUAUAACAUUUAGGCUUGAAAUAGAAAGAGGUAAUCAAGAGCUAUCUAUAAACCAAAUAUCACAUGAAUUGAAUCACAUGUUGCUGAAUAAUUAUGUUCAAUAUAUUUAUUUUUAA